AUGAACGAACACCUCAGCCACCUCCUCCUACUCUCCCUAUCCUUAACCCUACUCCCCGCCGCCGCCGCCGUCGACUUCCUCUUCAACGGCUUCGGACCCUCCGACGUCUCCCUCUACGGAGACACCACGAACCCCUCCCGCGUCAUCUCCCUCACCAAUCGCCUCCCUUUCUCCCUCGGCCGCGCCAUCUACCCUUCCAAGAUCCCCACAAAACGCCCAAAUUCCUCCGCCGUCCUCCCCUUCUCCACCUCCUUCAUCUUCUCCAUGGCGCCCUUCCGCGGCGCGCUCCCUGGCCACGGCAUACUCUUCGUCUUCGUCCCGACCCCCGGGAUCCUCGAAUCCGCCUCCGCCCAGCACCUCGGCCUGUUCAAUCGGACGAGCAACGGCGACCCCAGGAGCCACGUGUUCGGCGUCGAGUUCGACGUUUUUCAGAACGAGGAGUUCGGCGACAUCAACGGGAACCACGUGGGCGUCGAUGUGAACUCGCUGGAAUCGGUUAGGGCUUGUGAAGCGGGCUUUUGGCCCGAUAACGGCAGGAAAUUCAAGAAAUUAAAGCUUAAUAACGGCAGAAAUUAUCAAGUCUGGAUCGAUUAUGUGAACAGCGUUGUGAAUGUGACCAUGGCGCCCGCUGGUUUGAAAAGGCCUAAUCGACCACUGCUUAGCUUCCCUCUUAAUCUUUCCGAUGUUUUGCAGGACGAGAUGUAUGUGGGUUUUGCUGCAGCUACUGGGGCUUUGACUCAAAGUCACCUCAUCUUGGCUUGGAGUUUUAGCAACACGAAUUUUUCGCUCGGCCAGGGAUUGGUUACUCGGGGCUUGCCGAAUUUCGAGGAUCGAACAACCCCAGUUACUCAAUCCUCAGGUUUUAUAGUUGGUAUGAUAACGGGUGUUAUGUUUUCUGUCUUACUUUGUUGUGUUGUUGUUUGCUGGUUGAGAAGAAGGGAUUUCAGAAUGAAAAAGGCAAAAAAGGAGGAAAUGGAGCAAUGGGAACUGGAAUAUUGGCCGCAUAGGAUCGGUUAUCGAGUGAUCGAGUCAGCCACAAACAAUUUCUCGAACGAAAAUGUGAUCGGUGGUUUUGGGAAUGGGAAAGUGUAUAGAGGGAAAUUGACGGGCGGUUUGGAGGUUGCCGUGAAGCGUUUAUCAUGUGAAACGUUUUUGGCAGAAAUAUCGAGUCUUGGGAGAUUAAAGCAUAGGAACUUAGUGGGAUUGAGAGGUUGGUGCAAGAAGGAGAAAGAAGGCGGCCUUUUUGUGGUGUAUGACUAUAUGGAAAACGGGAGUCUCGACAAGAGGGUGUUCGAGUGCGAUGAUUUUGGCAAAAUCUUGAGUUUUGAAGAAAGAAUAAGAAUUUUGAAGCAAAUAGCUUCGGGAGUUUCGUAUUUGCAUCACGAAUGGGAAUCCACGGUUCUACAUAGGGAUAUUAAGUCUUCUAAUGUUUUGCUCGAUAAGCAAAUGAAUGCAAAACUAGGCGAUUUCGGGCUUGCCCGGAUUCAUAAUCACGAUAAAGCGGAUGAUCCUACUCGUGUGGUGGGUACAAUUGGGUAUUUAGCGCCGGAAGUCGUGAAAAAUGGGAAAGUAUCGACUAAAACAGAUGUUUUUAGUUACGGAGUGUUGAUUUUGGAGGUGAUUUGUGGGAGGAGGCCAAUCGAAGAGGGAAAACCUUUGUUGGUAAAUUGGUUAUUAGAACUCUUGAGGAGAGGGGAAUUGGUUAGUGGGGUUGAUUCGAGAUUAAGGGCUAAUAAUGGUGAAUUUGAUGAAGAAAAAGCGGAGCAAAUGCUUCAAUUAGGGUUAUUGUGUGCACAUACCGAUUCGAGUGUAAGGCCAACGAUGAGACAAGUUGUGAAAUUGUUUGCAGAGGAGGCUGAGAUUGACGAACCGGAGGAAGAUGAUGAGGGUAGGUGCAUUUUAGAGAAGAUGAAAGAUAAGGAGAUUUUGUGUAGUUCAGUGUCGAUUUCGUGGUCUCAUUCUUUUGGAGUGGGAAGAUACCUUAUCCAGCUUCUGCUCUGCCUGUCGACCACCAUUCCCGCCGUCCGACUCACCUCCGCCGUCGAUUUUCUCUUCAACGGCUUCAAUUCCUCCGACGCGUCACUCUACGGCGACGCCGACAUCAAAUCUCACGUGCUCGCGCUAACCAACGACGUCUCCUCCUCCAACGGCCGCGCCUUUUACCCCUAUCAGAUCCACACGAAGCAGCCCAAUUCCUCACUCGCUCUCCCCUUCUCGACCUCCUUCAUCUUCUCCAUGGCGCCUUCCCAGGUAGGGGUCGUUCGCUACGGCUUCGUUUUCUAUUUCGUGCCGGGCGGAGAAACCCUAAAUUCCAGCUCGGCCAGGCAAUUGGGCCUGUUCAAUUCCUCCGGCGGCGGCCCGCCCAAUAGUCAUAUUUUCGCGGUCGAAUUUGACGUCUACCGGAACUCGCUGUUUCGGAGCAUUGACGAUGGUCAUCUGGGCGUUGAUUUGGGCUCGAUCGUCUCUAUAUCAGCUGAUGGAGCCGGCUAUUGGGCGGAUGAUGACGUCAGCUCCUUCAAGCAUUUGUCAUUCAAUGAUGGUAAAAAUUACCAAGCCUGGAUUGAUUAUGUUGAUGGUGUGGUUAAUGUGACAAUAGCACCUGUGGAGUUGAAAAGAAGGCCUAAUAGGCCGUGGGCCAGCGUUCCUCUCAAUCUCUCGCGAGUCCUUCUCGAUGAGAUGCACGUUGGAUUCAUCGGAGGCACAUACAGGAGUUUUUUCGGGAGCCAGAGGAUUUUGGCUUGGAGUUUUAGCAACACGAAUUUUUCCCUUAGCGAAGAUUUGAUCAAUGAGGGCUUACCAAAUUUCGCGCCUCGGCAGAUUCCAAACCACAAAACCAGAGGUUCUGUUUCUGUUUCUGGUAUAACUGUGGUAGCUUUGUUAUUGAUCUUGUUAUGUUUUGCAUUUGUGGUUGUUAUCUUCUUGAAAAAGAGAAUUAAGAGAAUAAAAAUGAAAAGGGAAGGAAUAGAGCACUGGGAAUUGGAGUAUUGGCCGCAUAGAAUCAGUUAUCGAGAAAUCGAAUCAGCAACAAACAACUUUGCGGAGGAGAACGUGAUUGGUAUUGGUGGGAACGGGAAAGAAGUGUACAAAGGAAUUUUUCCCGGAGGCUCAUUAGUUGCCGUAAAACGCUUAUCACGUGAAAAUAGCGAAAGUGUAAAGGCAUUCUCGGCAGAGGUAUCGAGCCUCGGGAGAUUAAAGCACCGGAAUUUAGUGGGGUUGAGAGGUUGGUGCAAGAAGGAAAAAGAUAUGCUUUUUGUGGUGUACGACUAUAUGGAAAACGGAAGUCUCGACAAGAGGGUGUUCGAGUGUGACGAUAGCAAGAUGUUGAGUUGUGAAGAAAGAAUGAGAAUUUUGAAGGAAAUAGCUUCGGGAGUUUCGUAUUUGCAUCAUGGAUGGGAAUCUAAGGUUCUACAUAGAGAUAUUAAGGCCUCCAAUGUUUUGCUCGACGAGCAAAUGAAUGCUAGGCUGGGUGAUUUUGGGCUGGCAUGGAUUCAUAAUCGUGAUAAGGAAAAUGAUCCUACUCGUGUGGUGGGUACAAUUGGGUAUUUAGCGCCGGAAGUUGUGAAAACCGGGAAAGUAUCAACUCAAACGGAUGUUUUUAGCUAUGGAGUGUUGAUUUUGGAGGUGAUUUGUGGUAGGAGGCCAAUUGAACAUGGUGAGUCGUUUUUGGUUGAUUGGUUAUUGGAACUCUUGAGGAGAGGGGAAUUGAUUAAUGGGGUUGAUCCAAGAGUUAGGGCUAAUGGUGAGUUUGAUGAAGAAGAAGUGGAGCGAAUGAUUCAAUUAGGGCUAUUGUGUGCACAUCCGGAUGCAAGUGUGAGGCCGACGAUGAGGCAAGUUGUGAAGUUUUUUGAGGAGAAGGCUGAGAUUGAUGAACCAGAAGAUGAUGAGGGUAGGUGCAUUUUAGAAAAGAUGAAAGAUAAAGAGAUUUUGUGCAGUUCGGCUUCGAUCUCUUGGUCUCAUUCUUUUGGAGUGGGAAGAUACCCUAUCCAGCUUCUGCUCUGCCUGUCGACCACCAUUCUCGCCGUCCGACUCACCUCCGCCGUCGAUUUCCUCUUCAACGGCUUCAAUUCCUCCGACGCGUCACUCUACGGCGACGCCGACAUCAAAUCUCACGUGCUCACGCUAACCAACGACGUCUCCUCCUCCAACGGCCGCGCCUUUUACCCCUAUCAGAUCCACACGAAGCAGCCCAAUUCCUCACUCGCUCUUCCCUUCUCGACCUCCUUCAUCUUCUCCAUGGCGCCUUCCCAGGUAGGGGUUAUCCGCUACGGCUUCCUUUUCUACUUCGUGCCGGGUGGAGUAACCCUAAAUUCCAGCUCGGCCAGCCAAUUGGGCCUUUUCAAUUCCUCCGGCGGCGGCCGGCCCAAUAGUCAUGUUUUCGGGGUCGAAUUUGACGCGUACCGGAACUCACUGUUUCUGAGCAACGACGACGGUCAUCUGGGCGUUGAUGUGGGCUCGAUCAUCUCUAUAUCAGCUGAUCAAGCCGGCUAUUGGCCGGAUGAUGACGACAGCUCCUUCAAACCAUUGUCAUUCAAUGAUGGUAAAAAUUACCAAGCCUGGAUUGAUUAUGUUGAUGGUAUGGUUAAUGUCACCAUAGCACCUGUCGAGUUGAAAAGAAGGCCCAAUUGGCCGUUGUUCAGUGUUCCUCUCAAUCUCUCGCGAGUCCUGCUCGAUGAGAUGCACGUGGGAUUCAUCGGGGGCACGUACAAAAGCUUUUUUGGGAGCCACAGGAUUUUGGCUUGGAGUUUUAGCAACACGAAUUUUUCCCUUAGCGAAGAUUUAAUCAAUGAGGGCUUACCAAAUUUUGCGCCUCCAAAUCAUAGAACCAGAGGUUCUGCUUCUGUUUCUGGUAUGAUUGUGGUAGCUUUAUCAUUGAUCUUGUUAUGUUUUGCAUUUGUGGUUGUUAUCUUGUUGAAAAAGAGAAUUAAGAGAAUAAAAAUGAAAAAGGAAGGAAUAGAGCACUGGGAAUUGGAGUAUUGGCCGCAUAGAAUCAGUUAUCGAGAAAUCGAAUCAGCAACAAACAACUUUGCGGAAGAGAACGUGAUUGGUAUUGGUGUGAACGGGAAAAAAGUGUACAAAGGAAUUUUUCCCGGAGGCUCAUUAGUUGCCAUAAAAUGCUUAUCACGUGAAAAUAGCGAAAGUGUAAAGGCAUUCUCGGCAGAGGUAUCGAGCCUCGGGAGAUUAAAGCACCGGAAUUUAGUUGGGUUGAGAGGUUGGUGCAAGAAGGAAAAAGAUACUCUUUUUGUGGUGUACGACUAUAUGGAACACGGAAGUCUUGACAAGAGGGUGUUUGAGUGUGACGAUAGCACGAUGUUGAGUUGUGAAGAAAGAAUGAGAAUUUUGAAGGAAAUAGCUUCGGGAGUUUCGUAUUUGCAUCAUGGAUGGGAAUCGAAGGUUCUACAUAGAGAUAUUAAGGCCUCCAAUGUUUUGCUCGACGAGCAAAUGAAUGCUAGGCUAGGCGAUUUCGGGCUUGCGUGGAUUCAUAACCGUGAUAAUGAAAAUGAUAUUGAUCCUACACGUGUGGUGGGUACAAUUGGGUAUUUAGCGCCGGAAGUUGUGAAAACCGGGAAAGUAUCGACUAAAACGGAUGUUUUUAGUUAUGGAGUGUUGAUUUUGGAGGUCAUUUGUGGAAGGAGGCCAAUUGAAGAGGGCAAGCCGUUUUUGGUUGAUUGGUUAUUGGAACUCUUGAGGAGAGGAGAAUUGAUUAGUGGGGUUGAUCCAAGAUUUUGGGCUAAUGGUGAGAUUGAUGAAGAAAAAGUGGAACGAAUGAUUCAAUUAGGGCUAUUGUGUGCACAUCCGGAUGCAAGUGUAAGGCCAACGAUGAGGCAAGUUGUGAAGUUUUUUGAGGAGAAGACUGAGAUUGAUGAACCAGAAGAUGAUGAGGGUAGGUGCAUUUUAGAAAAGAUGAAAGAUAAAGAGAUUUUUUGCAGUUUGGCUUCGAUCUCUUGGUCUCAUUCUUUUGGAGUGGGAAGGUAA